AUGUACGGACAAAAUGGGAAUGCAUACUCCAUGGAAUUUCUUGCUCAUUUCUCAUUACAAAACACCAGCACAGCACACCCAACUAACCCAUCACUUACGCCUCUCCCGUCCCUUGCGAUUCCUGGCAAUGAAUACGACUCCAUUUCUGCAGUCAAAUCCGGGCUCGGAAAUAGCAGCAGUGGAUGCAGCAACACUGGUUCAUCCAAUUCAAUCACUAGUUAUGGACCAUAUAGUCCAACUCUAGUUCAAAGGAGCACCAGCAGCCACUCUCUUUGCAAAAACUUUGAGACCUACUACUCCCUUGUGAAUAAUUCCUCCCCAUCCGAUACAAGCUCGGUCAGAAAGUUAUCUAGCACCAAUGAUUUACAGGGAGGAAGAUUGGCGCAACACAAACAGAGCUUGAAUAGUGCGAUGGCGAACGAGGUGAGUAUCAUAGAAGGUAUGAACAAAGCAUGCAGAUACAGUCCGGAGGAGAAGAAAGAGAGAAUUGAGCGAUACAGAAACAAGAGGAAUUUGAGGAAUUUCAACAAGAAAAUCAAGUAUGAGUGUAGGAAAACUUUAGCAGACAGUCGACCACGCAUUAGGGGACGAUUCACAAAGAACGACGAAAUAGAUAAAAUGACUCAAACUCAAUUGGAUCAUGCAGGGAUCGAGGAAGAUUAUGACAGUUGGAUCUAUUUUCUCAAUGCAUUUUCAGAAAAUCUGAUGCCUUAA